UCCACCCUUAAUUCCCAUUAUUAUCUGAAUCUUUCUUUGUCAUAACCAUGGCUGCCAAGCUUUCUUUGUUAAGCACCAUUUCUCUCCUUUUCAUGCUCUUCUUCUCUCUUUCCCUUGCAAUCUCUUUACCCAUUUUCAAGACACCAGAAACCCUUUGCAACUCCACCCCUUACCCAAUCUUUUGCAAAUCCUCCUUACCAUAUAACCAGCCUGGCACCAUUCAUGACUAUGCUAAGAUUUCCAUUUCCCAAUCCUUAACAAACUCAAGAAAAUUUCUUUCGCUUGUUCAAUAUUAUUUAAGGCUUCCUUCUACAUCGUACCAAUCCACCAUCCGUGCCCUUGAAGAUUGCCAGCUCUUAGCUCAACUAAACAUUGAGUCCUUGUCAUAUGCACUUGAAAAUAUAAAUUCUGACGAUGAUCUUCAGAGCUUGUUAACUAGUGAUUUAUUAACCUUGUUCAGUGCAACUUUGACCAAUCAAGAAACCUGUCUUGAAGGGCUUCAAUCUUUAGCAUCAGCUUCAAGUGUCUUGAAUGACCUGUCAGGUCAUCUUUCUAAUGGAAGCAAGCAUUACAGCACUUCUCUUGCUCUUUUUAGCCAUGGUUGGAUUCCUAAAACAAUAAAAGGUAGAUUUCUAACAGAAAGGAAGCAGAUAUUUUCUAGUUUCAGAGCGGGAGCUAGGAAAAGUUUUCCCAUUGGAAGAAAACUGCUUGAAGAAUUUACAAAUGGCGUUUUUGUGGGACAAAUAGUGGUGGUGAAUCCGUAUGGAGGUGGAGAUUUUACUACCAUUAAUGGCGCGGUGGCUGCUGCACCUAAUAAUACAGCUAUUAGCGACGGAUAUUUCGCCAUUUAUGUGGUUGCUGGAGUUUAUAAUGAAUAUGUUUCAAUAGCUAAAAACAAGAAAUAUUUGAUGAUGAUCGGAGAUGGUAUUAACCAGACGGUGAUAACUGGCAACCGGAAUAAUGUUGAUGGAUGGACUACAUUCAAUUCUGCUACAUUUGCUGUUGUUGGGCAAGGAUUUGUAGCAGUGAACAUAACAUUUCAGAAUACAGCAGGAGCAGUAAAGCACCAAGCAGUAGCAGUUAGAAAUGGAGCAGAUUUAUCAGCAUUCUACAACUGCAGCUUUGAGGGUUACCAAGACACCUUAUAUACUCAUUCUCUGAGGCAGUUCUACAGAGACUGUGAGAUAUAUGGCACCAUAGAUUUCAUAUUCGGUAACGCUGCGGUUGUCUUCCAGAACUGCAAGAUUUAUUCGAGACUGCCAUUGAGUAACCAGUUCAAUACCAUAACUGCACAAGGCCGAACUGACCCUAACCAAAACACCGGCACUUCAAUUCAGAAUUGCAGUAUAAUAGCAGCUGAAGAUUUGGCAUCAAGCAAUGGCACCACAAAGACUUACCUAGGCAGGCCAUGGAAGGAGUAUUCGAGAACUGUUGUCAUGCAAUCUUUUAUAGAUAGCCUAAUCGGCCCUGCUGGUUGGGCUCCAUGGUCAGGAGAUUUUGCUCUUGCUACACUUCAUUAUGCUGAAUUUGAUAACCACGGUCCGGGAUCAGAUAUUAGCAAUAGAGUCAUCUGGCCUGGUUAUGAUCGUGAUUUUAAUGCGACCGAUGCAGAUAGCUUCACUGUAUCCAAAUUCAUACAAGGAGAUGCGUGGUUGCCUACAAGCGGAGUGCCUUAUUUUGGUGGGUUACAGUGAUUUUUCAUAUUGAGGGUGACAAUUAAUCAUCUCCAUGUCUCUAAGAUUAUUUUAUUUUCUUUCUUUGGCAUUUGUUUUGAAGAUGAAACAUGUUUCUCAGUCUUAUGUAAUGAGAGAAACAUAAUGUUCAUUUAAAAUUAUUUAAAUUGAUUAUGUAAAAUAAGACAAGCACGUGUCAUAAUGAGAAAAGGAGAAAUUACGUACUAUAUAAUAUUUUUAGGGCACAACAAAAGAGGAUUUAUGAUUUUGGAUAUACACAUGAUUCCCAAGACAUGAAGACCACAUUCUGUCUGUAACUGGAAGAUUGCAUUUCAAUGCUUAAGAACGUGCAUCCUCAGCACAAAAUCAG